GAAGAGCCGCGCUUCGGAACGACCCCGUUGGCCAUGCUGGCGGCGACCUGCAACAAGAUCGGCAACACGAGCCCGCUGACGACGCUGCCGGAGUCGAGCGCUUUCGCCAAGGGCGGCUUCCAUCCCUGGAAGCGCUCCUCGUCCAGCUGCAACCUCGGCUCCAGCCUCUCGGGCUUCGCCGUGGCCACCGGCGGCCGCGGCUCAGGCGGCCUGGCGGGCGGCUCUGGCGCAGCCAACAGCGCCUUCUGCUUGGCCUCCACGUCCCCCACGUCGUCCGCUUUCAGCAGCGACUACGGCGGCCUCUUCUCCAACUCGGCGGCGGCCGCGGCGGCGGCGGCCGGGGUGUCCCCGCAAGAGGCGGGCGGCCAGUCGGCCUUCAUCUCCAAGGUGCACACGACGGCGGCCGACGGCCUGUACCCGCGCGUGGGCAUGGCGCACCCGUACGAGUCGUGGUACAAGUCAGGCUUCCACUCAACGCUGGCGGCGGGCGAGGUGACCAACGGCGCGGCGUCGUCGUGGUGGGACGUGCACAGCAGCCCAGGCUCGUGGCUGGAGGUGCAGAACCCCGCUGGGGGGCUCCAGAGCUCGCUGCACUCGGGCGCCCCCCAGGCCUCGCUGCACUCGCAGCUCGGCACCUACAAUCCCGACUUCAGCUCGCUCACGCACUCGGCCUUCAGCUCCACGGGCCUCGGCUCCUCGGCCGCCGCCGCCUCGCACUUGCUCUCCACCAGCCAGCACCUGCUGGCCCAGGACGGCUUCAAGCCGGUGCUGCCCUCCUACUCGGACUCCAGCGCCGCCGUGGCGGCCGCCGCAGCCAGCGCCAUGAUCUCGGGCGCCGCGGCCGCCGCCGCCGGGGGGAGCUCGGCGCGCUCGGCCCGCCGCUACUCCGGCCGCGCCACCUGCGACUGCCCCAAUUGCCAGGAGGCGGAGCGGCUGGGCCCGGCCGGGGCGAGUCUGCGGCGCAAGGGCCUGCACAGCUGCCACAUCCCGGGCUGCGGCAAGGUGUACGGCAAGACGUCGCACCUGAAGGCGCACCUGCGCUGGCACACGGGCGAGCGGCCCUUCGUGUGCAACUGGCUUUUCUGCGGCAAGCGCUUCACGCGCUCGGACGAGCUGCAGCGGCACCUGCGGACUCACACGGGCGAGAAGCGCUUCGCCUGUCCGGUGUGCAAUAAGCGCUUCAUGCGCAGCGACCACCUGAGCAAACACAUUAAGACGCACAACGGGGGCGGCGGGGGCAAAAAGGGCAGCGACAGUGACACGGACGCCAGCAACCUGGAGACGCCCCGCUCCGAGUCCCCCGACCUCAUCCUGCACGACUCCGGCGUCAGUGCCGCCCGGGCGGCGGCGGCGGCGGCUGCAGCGGCGGCGGCGGCGGCCUCGGCAGGAGGCAAGGAAGCCGCGUCUGGCCCCAACGACUCUUAGAGGCCGGGCGAGAGGCGCGAGCGAGCGAGUAGAGACAGCGCGAGCGAGCGAGAGGUUCGGAGGGCGAGCGGGGUAUGGACGGGCGGGAGCUCCACGGCCGCCUCCGGGCCGGCGCGAGGUAGAGCGGCAUCCGGCUCGCGGGCCGCCGCUUGCCUGCCACGCUAGGAGCUCCCCUCUGCUGCCCGAGCCCAGACGAGAAUCAAACGCGUGGUCCAGGAACAAAAGCGAAGCAUCUUUCGACACAACACUUUAAAAAGCUGCACGCACAGACACACACACACACCGGAGACCUACAACCACAAGCACGCACACUCGAGCGCGCGCACACACACUUACCACUCGCACAAACUUCUCGAGCGAAGAGCAAUACACAGAAACGCUCCCUCCUCCCCCACCGCCCACCCCCUUCCACCACCC